ACGACUCCACGUCACUAACUCCUUGUCGCUUGUCGCCCGCCACUGGACGGCUACGACCAGCUACGACGCCACGGUCGCGGUCGGCCACGGUUGCCUGUGUUCUUCUUGUGUCAGCUCGCUUUUGUUGGUGCAUUAUCAAGAAAACAAACAAACAGUCAUGGUUCGAAGCAAGAAAAGUCGUUCAAGGAGCAGAUCCCGAAACAGGAAGCCCAGUUCAAGGAGCAGAUCCAAGGAGGCAACAGAUCAAACACGAUCCAGUGAAAGCGCAGGAGGUGAUCAACGGAAGGUGUGGCAGCAUCAGGAGACAACAUGGCAAGAGGAACAAAUGAGGUCCCGGUGGCUGAGUCGGAGCUCGUUCGGACAGGGGGCCAUCGUUUCGCCAUCGUUUCCCCGACACACUGAAAAGCUGGCGAGCGGCGGCGCGCUGAGCGUGUUCGCGGAGCCCCCGCUGCCCCCGUCCCCGCAGCCCGCCGCGGCCGCCGCGCCCCCAGCCGGCCCGGGAGGCCCCGCCCCGCAGCAGGCCCAGCCCGCCAUGGCAAUGGUGAACAUGAACAGCCUACUCAACGGCAAGGACUCGCGCUGGCUUCAGCUGGAGGUGUGCCGCGAGUUCCAGCGGAACAAGUGCUCGCGCCCGGACACCGAGUGCAAGUUCGCCCAUCCGCCCGCCAACGUCGAGGUGCAGAAUGGACGCGUCACCGCCUGCUACGACAGCAUCAAGCCUGGAGUUGCCAUGGCAAACGUAGGCGCUCCACAGGAUGUGGGCAAGAAGCGCUCACGUGACCCAAGCGAUGACAUGAUACAAAUGAUGGAUAUGAAGUCAGUGGGAUCAUUCUACUAUGAAAACUUUGCCUUCCCCGGGAUGGUGCCCUACAAGCGGCCGGCGGCGGACAAGUCCGGCCUCCCUAUGUACCAGCCCAACACGACCUAUCAGCAGCUGAUGCAGCUGCAGCAGCCGUUCGUGCCUGUUUCAUGUGAGUACUCGCCCGGCCUGCCUGCGCUGCCUUCGCUCCCCCAGCUGCCUCCCCUGCCCCCCUCCGGACCCCCGAGCUCCUCCAGCGCGUCCUCGACCGCCAGCAACGAGGCUGGGGGCAAAGACGAGUACCAAGAGAGCCAGAGCCAGGGCGGUAGCGGUAGCGGGGGCGGAGGCCCUUCCUCUCAGCCUACCAACACCAACACCUCGACCUCGACCGCGACCGCCUCCACGCCAAAGCCCACACCUUCCUCCUCUGCCCUCCAGCCUGUAUCCGCAGCCGCCACGUCGGGCACGAGCACUAGUGCGAGCAGUGUGAGCAAUGUGAGCGUAGCUAACCCGUUGGCAGCCCUCUCCUACACCGGGGUGUCGCUUAACAAGCAGGCCGUACACCAAGUGUCCUCGUCCGCACCGAGCGCCUCGGCGAUGGCCGCGGCCGCAAUGGUGUCGGCAGGUGUCCGGUACCCCGCCAACAUGACCCAACUGUCAUCCCUCUCCCAGCUGCCCCAGAUGUCGACCAUGAGUCAGAUGAGCCAGAUUGGUCAGAUGUCGCCCAUGUCUCAGAUGAGCCAAAUGUCACAACUGUCUCAGAUGUCUCAGAUGUCUCAGCAAAUGUCGCAGAUGUCACAAAUGUCUCAGAUGUCGCAAAUGUCUCAGCAAAUGUCACAGAUGUCUCAAAUGUCGCAAUUAGGGGCAGCGGCCAAUCCUUUCCUGCCCUUCCGACCUCCUCAGCCUCAGUUUUUCUCCCCCUUCGGGAUGCUACGUCCCCAGAUGUUCCCGGGGGCUGCGGCAGCAGGCCAGACUCAGGUGUCCCCAGUCACCUACCCCUUUCACUCAGCCGCCGGAGCAGCGCCGUCAGCAGCGUCAACGCAAGGGCUGCUAGCUGCUAGUGCGGCCGCUCAGUACAACAACAAUAGUGUGGUGGUUCAGCCUUAUAAAAAAAUGAAAACAAUUUAAAGUGCCUGCAUGCCCACCUAGCCUUAAUAAAUUUGGAUUUCUAGUCAAAAUUCUACAACCUUAAUUUUUUUUUUAAGAAGGAUGAAAACAGUAUUUUUCUUCAGGCAAAAGGGCAGAACAAACAAAAAAAACUGAAAUAAACUUUACGAUAUGUAAGAAAGGCUUGAUCAUGUGCACUUAAAUGCAUGUCAGGCAGGUGCCUUUGUGUGAUAGCACACAACAGGUUGUACAAACAGACUGUUGGAUGACUUUUCUGUAUAUAUUUCAAAGAGAAUUGAUGUGUACCAAUUUUGCCACUUUACAAGAUUUUUCAACUAUAUAGAUAUAUACAAAAAAUUAAUAUAUAAAUUCUUAUUAACAUAUUACAAAAUUGUGGUUUAAGUAGGUGGGAAAUCCUUCCGUUGUAAAUGUAUCUGUAAGGAUUAUAAGGAUAAUCUUUUUUUCUUCAUUGAAAUUUUUCUGACACAGUUAGUGUUCUUAUUACCAAAUAUAUGUAGGCAUUCUAAAGAAAUAAUGUGUGAAUGAAUGAACACCAGUGACAGACAACUGGUAGAUGUUAGCACUAGUUUGAUAGGUGACUGGACUGUGAUAGUGUGAUAGCUCAAGAGCGUGCAGUGUGGACGAGUGGUGUGUACCAUACCUUAAGUACCUGUUCUGCUCCCACUAAAUGCUGCUUGAUCAUAAGUCAAUAAAUUUGACUUGAGUUCUGCGCAUGCCAGGAAAUGGGGGAUCACUGAAUUGCAUUAAGUAGAAGCAUGGUACAACAUUAUACUAUCAAACUUGUAGAUUGUAUUAGUUUAUAUUUCUGUGUUGUUGAUUUUUUUUCUUUUCUCUUCCUAUCUCCUAUGUGUCUGUCUUUCUGUCAGUCUGUCUCUAUCUGUUUGUCUGUCUCAGUCUCUGUCUUUUCAAUCCAUGAGCACACAACAUUUCCAGUCUUUUAAAUCUUUUAAGUUACCGUGGUGUCUGUUUGAUGGGAAAGGAACUAGAUUUGCAGUGAGCUUUAUUCUCUUUUUAUUCUUGUUUCUAUUUUUAAUGGCCACUUUACAUUAUUGUUUUAUGCUGAUUUUUAUUUGCUCUUGACUAGAGGUGCGCCCUGUUGCCAUACUGUUUGGAGUGUGUCCCUUGUUGAUUUGCGCUCCUGGGUUAAGCAGCAUUGGCCUCAAUCUUAAGUGUGUAUUUGUUACAACAAUCAUGUAUGCUGUAUGCCCAAAUCAUCAGUAGACUUGGUUUCUCCUGCAAUGUUGUGGCUUCCUUCCCUGGCCCUCUUCCUUUCAGCUCUCCCUCUUUUCGCAUCUUAUCACCUUUGCUGGAAUGUCCCAGGUGCAGGGACUAAAACCAUUGUUACGCUCAGACAAUAUCCACCAUCCAGUUGACUUGAUAAUUAAAUUUAGCUUUUAAUUUCUAACAGUUCUUAAAAACCAGUGCAUGUAUGUGAUAUUUAAGGCCUAUGUCUCAGCUAGAUUCAGCUUAUAAUGUUGAAUUACAAUUAGUUUUACGGGCAAUGGAUGAUGAUAGGCUAGGUUUUAAUGCAACAAGGGAUAUUGGCUGUUGUCUGGGCUUCCUCAUUGAGUCUAGUACUUUGUUCGUGUAGCUGCUUUUUUCCACUCUGUAGUGACGAACUGUAUGUGUGCCUGGAGCCCAGACCAGACUCUCACUCCAACAGACCAGUCUUACUGAUAGCGUACAUCAGUUCAAUUGAAUAGUGUUCCUAUUAUAGUAAACCUAUUUAACCAGUCUAUAAUGUUUAAUUGGGAAAGAAAAUGAAAAUUAAAUUUACUUGUUCUUGGUUUUUUAAGAUCUCAGAUCUUAAUGAGAGGUACCAUUGAAUAUAUAAUUCACACAUUAAAUGUUGUUUGAAAUAUUAUAUAUAUAAAAUCUAGUUUUAAAAGAUAAUGCCAUGUUUCAUUUUAAAUUUGUUGAAAGUAAAUGAAUUUUUAAGUAGUGUGUAGGCACAUUAUUUUUGUUUAUUGAUGUUAAUUUAAUUUUCGAAACUUCUUGUUUUAUUUGUUCAAAGAAUUGAUAAUUGCGUUUUUCAAAGUAUGUUGUUGUGACCACGGAGUACAGAAUAGGAGGAGUAGGAUUGUUGUACUGUCAGGAGGUAGCAAAGUUGCUUUGGACUCUCAAUUUGUUUGUUUGGAGCACUCUGACUAAUCACACUCUGUCCGUUGCUAUUACUUCUUUGUUUUCUGAAUGUUCCCACUGCAGCACUUAGGAUGCAAAACAAUUCAUUUAGUUGAAAUACUUAAUAUUUUUCUAUUCUUGCAUUUUAGCAAUGCUUGUCAUCUGCUUUUAACAUUCUCAAAGACAGGAAGGUUUGUUGGUACAAACCUCUUCGUAUAUUUAUUGAACAAUGCUUUUAUGAAACUGUUGCAUGGCUUUUGUACUUGAAAACAAAGUGGAAUGCGGGUGUUUUGCUGUGUUGUACAUUGUGUGAUGUCAGAAUGUUCCAGCCAGGGUUAGUUCACAUAUGGGGCAAGUUUCAUUUGAAUGCAACAUAAAAUUGCAAGCAGUUUACAAUAGUCUACCUCUCACAGCAUUUUUGUAACAGCAUCUUGAAUUUAACAUGAUAUUUUAACUGGGUGCAGGAUUUUACAAAUUACAUUGUGUGUCCCGUGUGACUCACAAAUUUCUUAUCAACUCAUUAGGGGCUUUUUCCUCUUUUAUGCCAUAAUGCACUUCGUUGACAAUGGUUGUCACUCUUACAUUAUGUACCUCGAUGCCAUCUGAUAAAGUCUGACCCUCAUCUGUAAAUUGUGGUGGUUGCUCUUCCUUACUCUGCUGUUGUUAUUUCUUCACAAAAUUCAGGUGCUUCCUCUUUAUGGCUGAAGUUUUACUUAAGCUCGUAGUCAAUUAUCACUGUCUGCUUUAAAGACACUGGUGUUGUGUUGUUCCUCAUUAGUCUUAUAGUAUGGUUUACCUCACAUUUGUCUAGGUUGCUUUACUUGUGUCAAAGUGUGACGUAGUAUGACACAACAAAUAAAUUUUUAGCAUCGCAUGGUGCAAUGUUGAGUGUGGCAUAUGCUGUUAUCGAGUUGUGACAAAACUCAGAAGAUGAUGUUAAAGAUGGAAAAAGUGCUUUGGCAAUUUAGGGACAGUGAAAAGAGGAAAUUGUCAACCUUUGAUUUAGGAGGACCUAUCUUUUAUCCAAUUGAUAUAAAUCCACAGUUAAUUUGUGGUAUCUCUUUCAGCUCAGGAUUUUCUUAUGCUCCUAAUGCAAAACAAAACAUUUUGUUGUUAGGACUAUCCAUUUGAAUCUUAAGUGCUUUCUGUCUAUGCUUUGUACCCUGCACUCCCAAUCACUCAUUCCUCUACAAAUUUACCCUUUUCAGGCAGUCAAGUAGACUGGCUUUGAUGCAACCGAAUCCUCAGUUUAUGGACCAGCUGUGAGCACCACUAGGGGAACUGUGCUUACCAUUAGCAAGCAGUAGGGUAUAGUAGUAGGAAGAAAAUAAGUUGGGCUUAAUCAUGUACUAGGCAGAAAGAAUGAUUGGAUACGCAAUACUACUUUUCAUCCUUAUUUCCAAUUACAUUUGAAAACUUUUUGCUUUAGCGUACUUCUGUGAACUGAAUUUCCCUAGUAAGGAGUGUUUGGGAGCGUAGAUGCCCUUGCCUGCCAAGAGUGUAUUGACACUCACACUGCGAGUCCUGUUGACCCUGCAAGUCCACAAACACUUUCAACUGCUUUUAAGUUUGCAUUCAAUGAAAAUUAUCCCUGUGUGAACACUGCUUAAGCCCUGAGUGCGCUCAAUGAGUAGUUGGUUUGGCAUUGGGUAGCAUUCACAACCAAAGUGCCUUCUGCAUUGCGCUGUCCUGGUCUUAAUGUUUUGUUGUUUUUUUUUUAUUUAAAAAAAGAAAUGACUUUUAUUAUCAUCAUUACUUAAAGGGCAAAGAGAAUGUACAUCUUGGUUUUGGGUUGUUUUUAAUUUCUUCAUGAGAAAGAUGUGGUCUGAUGAUGUGGCUGCCUGAUAUGUCACGCUUUUUUGCCAUUCACAUGUAUACUCCUCUGUAUGUACUUGCAUACUGGAUCUGUACUCCCACAUUGAUUGUGUUCUAUGCUGUACUGUACUCUCCUUACAUACUGCUCAUUCUGAUGUCUUGUAAAAAUGAAGAUCAUAUAUGAGGAGCAAGUUACUUAUAAACACCAAACAGUAUUUGUAAUAAUAAUGCUUGAAAAAUGCAUGUUUAUUUGUUUUAUUAAUGCUUCUAUUUUUCUCACUCUCUGAAAACUUCUGUCCAUCCCUGUUAGUAAUCCCUAGCUGAAAGUCCUCUCCUUCCCGCUCAUUCCAGACUAGUGAGGUACCGAUGAUUUUUGUAGUAAGGAUGCUUUCGCCUUCACUAUUCAGUUGAAACACAUUAUGUUUGAAUCAUUCCGCUUUCAGUGGCUGGGCCAGAGGAGACUAAGCAAGGCUUGGAAUUGUAUUGAUAACUUGAGAAAGCUUCUGCUCUUGUUCAAUUCUGAGCUUGGGUGGGCAGUUACACUACUAGCAUCCUAUCUGACAAGCGGUACCAGAAUUGUCUUGGGUGUUUUUACAGAAGAAAGGUUGGAUGGAUUGUGGAACUGAGCGUAGAAAUGUUAAGCUGCUGAACCACAUGCCAGAUCACGCCAGCCCGCCCAGACACGCAAGUCACACUGUGCAUUGCCUAUCUUGUAGUAACUAUACUUUGUUUGCUCUCUCCAGACCUGCUUUAUUAUCUCUUAAACAUCAGAGCUCCAUCUUACUACUUGCUACAUUUCUUUUUUUAUCUUCCCUUAUCUUCCUAAUUUUGUUCCAGAGUCAUCCUUAAUUUCCCACUCCCUCACUCCAAUGCUUAAGCUUCAUUUUAAGAUUAAUGCUUUCUGUACUAUGAGGGCUAUCUGCCUAUCAGCCCAGCUCACAAUCUUUACUAAUGCUAUCCUUCUGUAAAUUAUAUAGAGAGGGGCUCUUUAAUUUGUUUAAACCACAAUUAUGACAUAUUCUGUGGUCUAUUCCAACAAGGUGUUGCUUCACUAUUACAUAUAUGAGCUAUAUAUCAUCUAGCUUAUUUGUUUUUAGUUAUUACGACUGUCUAAUUUACUUGUAUGCUUUUUCUCCAUAUUUUACCAAAAAGGUUUUGUGAGCUGGGCCUUGUACAGGGGUAAAUUUAUUGCGUUUUGCCUUAGGAGAGAGCAAGCUAUUGACUGGACAGAGAAAUUUUGACUUUUAGCUAUGAUCUCAUAUUCCAGCCAUAGAGACUGUUUUUUGGAGGUUUUAUUUGCUACUGUGGCUUACACUGUUUAUUAUUCCACAUGCAUCUUUCCUCUACCCUUCCAAAUGAUGAUAGUGAGCAAAAAAAUACAUUCAAGUGUGACUCUAUGGAAAUGAAGAACAAGUCUUGAUGCGUACUGUGUGCUUAAUAGUGGACACAUGCACAUAUUUGCGGACCUCUUAAUGACUAACGCCCUUUUUUCUCAUUAGCAAUUUUUUUUAUGCUUUUAUUCAUUAUUGAAGCUACCAACACACACUAUACUUUUAUUUAUUUUUAUUCACCAUAGAGAGAACUUUCUGCCAUGAGCUGUGUAAUGAUGUGUUUUAGUUGUUGAGAGGUCACGCCUCAUUAGGAAGACACAGCUCAUGUUUCGGUCGCUAUGCUACAGCUCUGCUAAAUUAUAGAUGGCAACCUGAUGUGUGUUUGCUGUGAACACUGUACAUUCUUUCUGUCUUUAAUGCCCUAGGGGGCUUGUUGUUACUGAUAAUUAAUGACUUUGUGUGUGAAAGGAGUAGAGAUUCCUGCUACUGUAAGAUGCCUCAAUGCUUCGUUUUUGCCAUGUUCUUGAAUGCGGUGUUUGUAGCUGUAUGCUGAGACCUGAGCUGGGUGCGGUGGAGUUGGAUACACUUGCUUGGAACAGAAUCCUACUUACUCAGUUUCACAAGCCUCCAUAUGGCCUAGCGAGGAUCACACAAUCGGCAAGAAUUGGCACAAAUAUUCACGAUAACUCUUCCCGUAACUUAUCAACACAGUAAAGAACUACUUAACCAGAUUUAACACUGAUAGGAACAAAUUUGUUCCACAGUUUCCAUACUCUCUCUUGAUUGGGCUGUGCAACUGCACGGAGCAUCAUCAUUCCGGCCAUCGGUACACCUCUAAUCUGGCCCAUGGAAGAGAGUUUUUAUUUUUCAGUUCCCCGUGUUGUGUCCCUUCUUUGCGCUGCUGUGAAGCUUAGCGUUCGCUUCGCUGGCCAUGGUGCACGUGGAGGUAAGGUCUAGAACUAACCACCCGCCCGCCCACUCUGCAGCCCACCGCAACCCACUCGCCACCUUCAGCCACUCCUACCUGACACCCUGUAUCACACAGCCAGACCCAUGGAACAGUCUGCCGUAAUGGGUAAUAAUGGGUGUUGGUUAACAUACAUUUCAGCAUCGUUGUGUUGAAUUCUUGGGAUACAUAUUGCUUCAGCUGCAUCUUGUUGUUGUUACAGAAAGUCAGCAUGCUAGAUCAGCAUGUCUAGUAGAUAUUGUUAUUUUUUGACAAAAAGAAAAGAGUUAAAAAAAGUCCUUUCUUGACAGUCUCUCUAUGGGGCUCACUUUUAAAAUUUCAUUGUCGGAUUUGAAUGGGGUCUUAAAGUGCUUUCUAAUAAAUCAAAUCUCUUAAUGUUUAAUUUCCUUGUUUUCUUGCUCAUUUAAAAAAUAUUAAUUUGUCCUGUAGUCAUUCUCAGUCUUUUGGAGCAGUGUAAGUGAAAGUCAUUCUUGGGCUAUACUUUUGGGAUCCAUUUCUCCCAAAUAUCUUUAGUUUGUGUGUGUGAGUGUGCGUGAGUGUGUGCGCGCGCUUGUGUGUGGUUUUUAUGUGCCCGCGCACUGCCCUAUAUGCUAAACUCUUUACAAAAUUUGCCUUUUAUUCUUCUUUUUUUUGGUACCGAUUGUGUCUGUGCAUGUCGCUACAUGGAAUCAAAAUUACAGAUAAGGUGAAAGGUUGAAUUAGUUUUGCUUGCUUUGACAUGCUGCAGUUCACAUCAAGAUACUUGUCCACACACAAAUAACAAAAUUUCAAUUUUCCUCCUACGUCUUCCAACAUUAUUCCUCUUCACGGUUGUCUCUUUAUCUGUUUUGGUGCCUCAUUUGACUUUCUAUUUUGUUAAAAGAGAAGAAACUGAUAUUUUUUGCAGUAUUUCUCGUGAGUUUUUGGUAACAUAUGCGCCUGUCUUAAAUAUGAGAGCACGCUCUAGUGAAGAGUUGAUGUAACCAAACACCUCUUUUAAAUUUUGAAAGUACGUAUCUGAAGCAGCAUUAUUAAUCUAAAAAUUACAAUAUUGGUAGAAAAUCUGCAUUACCCAGUCUUUCUGAGACAGUCAUUACAUCUGGAUUAAUUAUUAUUGCUGUAUCAGGAUUACAUUGAUGUGUUUUUCAUUUAUAUCUAGAGUUUAGUCAGAACACUUAUCUUAAUGACUUGUCUUAGCUAUUUUCUUUCUUCUAGUUUUCCUCAAUGUAGUUCAUCAGGAAUUGUACCUAUAACAGUCGUUUUCUCUUGAUUUGAAAGUCUUGAAGUUCAAUGCUCAGGUAUUUGAGCAACGCUCAAAGCUGUAAGGAAAGAAUGUGGUUUAAUAUUCAAUAUUCACCUUCUACAACUUCCUUUUUAUUUUGCUUCCUCCUAUGAACGUUAGCACUUAAUUGGUUUCUGUUACUUCUUUCUGAAAGCACAAACAAGCUGGUUUUUUGCUGUAUUUUGAUUUUUACUGUAGAUAUGGAAAGUGGAGACAUGUCCAGUGGUUAACUGUCCUUUACAUCCUACUCUACCCUCUCUACCCCGGAAAAUGGUUCAAUUGUGUUUUAAGUAUGUGCGUUUGAGCUCUUAGUGACUUCUCAGUUUAUGAAUUUCAUAUGGAUUUCUGAAUCACUACGUACCUUUUACUUUUGCUGUUUUUUCCCAAUACACUUGCUUUUUUCUUAGUCCUCUUUGCCUCAUCAGUUCCAAGAGUAACUUAAUGCCUUUAAUGUAAGUUUGCGUAAAGGUGAAAAGCUUUUCCCUCCCAUAGAAGACUAUUCUUCAAUAUAUGCCUCCUUGCCACAAAUGGAGAAAAUGUUAAUUUUCAGCACAAAUGGGCCUUUUAUUUUCUCUUAAUGCAUUCCAUUGAAGGCUGUCAUUUCUAAAACUUACUUUAAACCAAACUUUGCAUUACUACUUUUACUUGUUUUAAUGGAUUUCUGUGGUAAUGAACAAUACAAUGACAUUUCUCUCACUCUCAUAUACAGCAUGAAACCGACUGGAUCUGGUAGCUUAAAUGCAUGCUCAUUUCAUCUCUCGCUGUUUCUUAUGUUUUUAUUUUAUUUUUAUUAUUGCUGACGACUGACCACAUCAGUUGUAUUUCAAGCUUGCCAUCUGCCUGUCUGUUUGUUUACUUGCCACAUCUUGCCGUGCAAUUCUGCACACACCAAUGCUGAAUGGAACGCUCGCUCGAAUGCUUUGUAUGACGCUGCUGCUGCUGCAUGGUGGGUCCGGCUCCAGCUUGCAGUCCUACAAAUGCUCCCUAUGUGAUCUACACUGACGACCAAGGACAGUUACUGGACACCCUCCCGGUGUGCCAAGAUUUUAAUCGACAGCUUUGCAAUCGGUUGACUUGCAAGUUUGUCCAUCUUCAGGAAGGAUGUGGUGUGGAGGUGCGGGAAAUGAGAGUUACAGUGUGCCGUGAUGCAGCCCGGGGUCAGUGCAGCCGUCGGCAAUGCAAAUUUUACCAUAUACCAAUUGCAUUGCCCCCAGCGAGCCACAUGCAGACAUGCGCAAAUCCAUAAUACAUUAUGAACUUUAUGAACGAAUAGUUAAUAAUCAAUUUCAUGUUAGAUUGCCUGCCUGCCCACCCAACCUUCUGACCAUCAUACUGUUUUGUUUUGUUCUUGAGGAUUGUUUGUUUUGUUGUUUAUGAAACAAGAUUUUUGUUCCAAGGGUCUGUUCUUUACUAUUAUUUUAGUUAUGAUUGAUUUUUAAGAAAGAAAGUAUCUCUCUAUAUGCAAUGAGAACAUAAAUGUGAAUGAUAUUUCCCCUAGAAUGUUUGAGACUUGUGCAUGUUAUUUAUUGUAGCACAUCUAGAAAAGCUAUUGUUCUAGUUUUGUAUUUAAUCAUAUUGAAGAGAAAGUGUACAUCAUCGGCUAGCAGCUGCUAGUUGGCAUAUUUGAGCCACUUCUCUGCAUCCUCCUUCUCUUUAAUCUUAUAAAAGACAAUGAAUGACAAGACGUAUCAGGUAAAAACUUUGUCAAAAUGUGAAAUCCAAAUAUUAUUUCAGUAACUUACUGUCAAAUGUUUCUUAGAUAUAAUCAAGUUUCAUGAAAAUUUCUGUCUGAAUUCAUGAACUGACUUAGAUUUUUACUAUUAACAUGCACACCAGAGCAGAAUCCAGGUUAGUUCUCAUUGCAUUACUACAACAAUUGUGAGGUUGCCCUGUAUUCAGUGAAAACUUCAGCAGUGAAACAAAGUGACUUGAGGAUAGCACUCUCAAGGGAAUGGAGCAGACUGCCAUUGAAAUAAUAUGAGAGUUUUAUUAGUUUCUGCCAUGAUAUCUUUCAUACUUGUAUCAUAGGAGAAAAACAAAAAGUGUUCUCUUCUUUUUAUAAAAGGUUUUUGAAAAAUGUAUCUUUGAAUUGGGCUCUUGAAGGUUACAAUUACGGCACUUUAGAUAGUAAGAAGUUUAUUUGACCAUCAAACUGUUAUUUCCUAUGUGGUUCUUUGUCUGGGAAGGAACCAAGACCGAUGGAGAUGAAGACAUCGGUUUGGACACAUCUCACUGAGCAACGAUUUGGCAGAUUCUUUUUCUGCUCCCUGCAUCAUUUCAGAUUUGUUAGAUUUUAAUUUAUUAUUCUCUUGUUAAUGUGACGCCCAGAUCAAAAUAUAUUUAUAUUUAAGAAGAAAAUUUGAAGUAUUAACUCUUCAAAGGAAGGAAAACUUUUUCUCACAUUUAUGAUGUUGCAACAGUGGAGUUUCUGUCAAGCGUCGCCAGAAAGUGAUCUUGGUUCUAGUCAAUUGAAAUGUGAAGGCAGGUUGUACAGCAUAGACAUUUUAAAAUGCAAUGAACAAACAGGCAAGCAGUGGAACUGACCAACUUGAAAAUUGAAGACUAUAGGUAGCUCUCUUAAUCUGUUAUCAAACUGUUGUCCGCCUGCGCCUUCCUUGCUGAUAAUACCUCUCAGACGUCACAAGAAAAAAGUGCCACAAUAUUCCUCUUUUUUCUUUUUUUUUUUAAUUGUUUAAUGAAGAAAAAGUCAUUGAUGUGUAUUAAACUAGGUCUUUGUUGUAAUUUAUAAGUCAAAUCAUUGAAAAUUUUAUUGAUGUGAGCAACCUAUCAUUUAUGUACCAAAACAUUCAGGUUUUGGUUUUUCACGUACCACUUGAUUUCAUCUCUCUCAUUGUAUCCUUCCAGAAUUUUAGUAUGUGUGCAUUUACACAUUUUCCCCCAAAGUGAUAAGCCAUGUAUUUGCCCUAUGGAAAAGGCACCGACAGUGAUAAAUAGUAACACUUGUACACAAUAAAGGUUUGUUGUUGAUGUGAAUGUGAUAUCCUGUACUGGACAUUGAGGUAUGUAUUUUUAUCUUAUACUGUUUCAAGAUAAGUGUAUGAGAAAAAGUUAAUCCCUUUUUUUCCUUUGUAAAACAUCCAAUCUAAAACACUAUUUCUUUCAUUCUUAUUAAAUUUGUAUAAAGCUACUUAGCCCAUUACAAAUCCAAUAUUUGAAGUCAUUUUUUUUAAUGUUGUCAUGUAUUAGUUUUUGUGAAGUUGCGGGGUGUGAGAUUUUAUGUUUUUUGAGUCAAACUUAAUGUUGCAUAGACUAAACCAUUUGUCCCUAUGACAGCAUUGUUUAGAGAUGUGAGUCGAGAGGUGGCAGUGAAUAUUACCGUGACCAGCGGUAAAUGAAUAGUUUAAGUCUUUCCCUCCUGCCCUGAAUAGUUUAGACUUUGUCAUUUGCCACAAUGUCUCCUUUCCACCUCACCCAUCAGGACUUUCAACCCACAACAUGAUGCUGUUUCUUCAUAACUGCUUGUUGUCAUCACCCCCACAAUCCUAACCUGUGGAGUGUAACCCACUAUCCAUCUGCUUUCAUGUUCAUCCGCAAUCUAUUGAAUGUGAUUAGUCCCAUAACUAUUAUGGAAUUAAAUGUUAUUACUAUGAUUACUAUUAAUGUGUAAACAGUAACAAAGCACUAUGGCCCUAGAAGUGACCAAACGCAGCCCUGAAUUUGAGUGCUUAUCAGACUUGCAUUCAUACAUUUUGGGAUAUCAAAUGUUAUGGCCUAAAGUACUAUCUGUGGUUGUGAGUGGAUGCGUGAUGCGCAUGAAUGGACUCACUGCUGUCAGGGAGCUUCUAGUGGGCCACUGCGAAGUCUCUGGCAUUAAGCUUAACUGAACACCCUAUGCGCUGGGUCAUGCAGCCAAUGAGGAAGAAAUAGGUUUAGCUUGGAUGCUUAACUCCCAUAACAAAAAUGUAUGGAUUUGAUUCUACCCUGUCCUUUAUUAUAUCUAACUGAGAAUGUGCUUAGCUUGUACUCUUACAUUAUAAUAGCUUAUCCUGCAUGUUUCUUAGUAUACGCAUAUUCCCAUUGUAGCUGGUACAUUAGGUCCAUAUUUGAUGUUAGUUGAAUCUCACUGUUGUGGGCUGGACGGACAGCAAGCAGUUAGAAUAAAUAUUGUUGCCAGUCUUUUGACUGCAUUUCAGGGGAUCAUUGUAAAUUCCAUGAUUAACAUCACUUACUCGACUCACUUGCUUCAUAAGUACAAAGAAGUGAAUUGUCAUAGCCUGCUUUUUUUAUUGUGAGAUCCCCUUGCAUUGCCAGUCUGAGCUCUGCUUCCAACUGGCAUAAUUGCUGAACUGCUGCUGCAUCCGUUGCUUCUGUUGCUUUGAGCUGUUCAGGUACAGAAAUAUCACAUUAAAAAGAAGUGUUUGUAAAUACUGUUGAGAAAAGUAUUUAGCCUCCUCGGUUGUGCGUAAUCAUUCGUGUCUUUAUUCAGCACAUAGUAAUGAUAAAAGACAUGCCCUGCUUUGAUCUGCAGUUGUAGCUUAGCCAGCAACCUUUUGUAGAGACUUGUUAUUUAUAACUAAUUCAAUUUAUUAGGCUUUUUAUCUCACUAAAAUUUUCUCUGGAAAUCAAUCUUGCUUUCAGCUUCUGCCUAUGUAUUUGGUCAUCUUCAAUCAGAAAAGUCCACUUUCCUGGCUUAAGUAUGACAUCAGCUUAAAUUCCAUGGGUGAUGUGAUGACACAUUUUCAAAAGUGUCUAAAUAUUAAUUAUUUUUUGUUAAAUUAUCUAUUGUAAAAUCAUUUGGUAAUUACUGUUAAAGAGUUUUUAUGACUUGGUUUGGUUUUAUUGCCAAGUAUUUCUGUUGUUCAGAAGUCAUACCUAUUAUAGUAGUGUUCGUACGGAUCUCCAGGUAAAUGUAAAUUUCUUCCCCUGUUAGAUCUUUUCUUCGGACACUUUUGAAAAUAUGUGUAUGAUUCUCCCUUUACCCACGGGCUGUGCUGUCAUCUGGUGCUGCCGGCGUGUGCUACCGCGUGAUGCUGUAUAGAUCAUGCACAUUAAAUGCAAUGCUUGUGCCCCUUGCAAUCCAACUUACAUUCACUUCAUGUAAGCAUCCGUUUGUCUCCUUAAUGGUUGGGCAGCUAGGGUGUGUUGGGGCUGGCUUGCUUCACACUUCUUGCUUCUCUUUUAAAGUGCAUAGCCAAGCCAAAAAUGUUAAGCCGUGCUAAGCAGUACAAAUGGUAUUUGUUUUUUUAUUAAUAUACUCGCCCAUUUAUUUACCAUUUGUUAAAAGUAACUGGAAAUACUUUAUCUCAAUUUUUUUUCUUUAACUUCAAUGGUUGUGUGGUGCAAAAAAAAAAAAAGAAAAAAUGAUUAAACAAACAAACGUGCCUUUCCCAGCCCCUUCCCCGUCCCAUGAAUACCGUUCAGGAGACUGUUUGCAGGAAGUGAUCUGAAGCGGCAACUAGCGUGGGUCGCUCUUUUUGCUGUGCAGUACCGCACAGCAACUAACCCUGGACUCUCUGCCGUAGGCUGGUUCAGUGCCAGCAAAACUAGUUGAAUAUAUUUUUGAAAGACCAGAUGUGUGACGUGAGCCAAUGCAAGCCACGCCCGUGAUCCUGCAGUUAACAUGACAGUGGCUCAGUAUUUUCUCAUUUUAUCAAUUUUGUGAUAUUUUUAGUAAUGGAUGAUUGUUAUUUAAGUCUCACUAAAAUAACCAAUACUUGUACCUUGUUAUGUUAUUGUUAGGGAGUUACUUUUACAAUAUUAAGAUUUGAUUAUUCAGGAAUGAGGAGAAGCCAGAGUGGUGGGUGUGAGACUGUUUUAUUUUUGAAAUAAUUAAACAUAUUAUAGUAUCUAUAUUAUGAAAUAAUAUUGCUAUAACAAAUUAUACUAUGAGUGCAUAUGUGUGCGGAAGGUUUGCGUGUUUGGUCGGUUUUCUCCUUGUUGUUGAAUAACUUAUCGCAAGAAACUACAUUUUAGUAUGUGUUUGACACAUGUUACACCAGUUCGCAGUGAGAUGCCAGUUAGGAAGGGUUUUUCUUUUUAAAUAACUGUUUGUUACUCUGGUUUUUAUCAUUCUUUUGGGGCAAGGGUUGUGGAGGGGGGGGAGGGGGGUCAUGUCCAGGACUACUUUAUAAACCUACAAAAAGUAUGUUCUCUUUUAAAGAGAGCGCCUCUUCCUCCUGGCAGUCUCACUGUGUCUAUUUGUGUUGAAUGAAAAUAUAAUAACAUGAUAGAAGUGAUGUAAUGGGAUUGCAAAAUGCAAAUUUGCAACCCCUCCCCUUCUUUUUUUCCUGAGUAAAGUAGAUAAUAAACAAAUGAAACGGAA